GUAGGCGGUGCUGCCGCUGCGGCAGUUGCAGCGGUCAGCUGGUGGGCAUGGGUCAAGCCUGGAAAAACCAUCGAAAUCGACAUCAAGCCCAUCACUGACGAGGUUUUUGACGAGAACGACAACCUCUUCGUGUUCUAUGUAGACAAGGCCGACGAUCUUACAGAGCGCCGCGGAGAUAUCCAGAGGGUCGUUCGAGCACUCAUUGAUGAAGCCGCGUUGAAGAAGCUCAAGUACUACCAGAAUGUUCGAAAAGAAGGUGAUCCGCCCCUUCCGAAAGUGGGCGAAGAGGAACCAAAAGAGGCAGGUGCGGCACCACUCCGAAUUGUCAUGUACAAAGGACAGCGUAAGUCGAUAUUGCACAUUGGUGAUGAGAUCCCAAAGCAGGAGGUUUUGGACUUUUUCAAGCCAGUCUCCCAGGAUCUCGGCAAGCUCAAGGUGCCGAAAUCGGUGCCUCUCGUCUCAAACGAGUCCUUCCGGAAGGAUGUUCUGGAAGACAGCCAACCAGGAAACCCCAUGGUGUUGUUACAGAUGUACGAGGACACCUGCUUCCUUUGUUUUUUGAUGAGACCUUUCAUUAACUCUCUGGGUGAGCUUCUGCUGGAGGACAAGGCACCUUUCCGCUUGAAGAGGUUAAACAUUGAAAAGAACGAUUUUCCCGAUGGCUGUCCAGUUGCAAGAGGCACUCCGACCUUUGCCUUGUUUCGGGGCAAAGACACUGUCGGCGAGAAGUGGGAGGAGUUCAAACCCAAGGACCUUUGUGAAAAGAUCGCGAAGGUCUUUCCACUCUCCGAUUCAGCCUUCCAGAAAAUGGAUGAUCUGCAAGCAAUGGUUCCGAGACGAUUCCAGCUCUUUACACAGCUGGUCAUGUGGUCGGUUGAGCUGCAGAAGCUGGAGUCAUGCAUAGCCAGCGCAGUCGGAGAAUCGCACAGCGACGCGUCUUCCGAGGACACUGAGUUCAACUCCGUCCUGUCCAGGCUGAUGGCAAGGGACAUGAGGCGCAUCGAUGGACUGCCAGACAGCGUGAACUUCCUGCAGCAUCAAGUGGACGAGGUAGAGCACGAUGCUCUGGUGAUGAGCAUCAUGCUGGGCGAAAGGGUAAUGGCCCGGGAGAAGGAGGAGGAGGCAGCGUCUGUCGACGUUAUCUUGAGCGUCGUCAACAAUGAAAUGAGGUCGGUGCGGAGCGAGUUUGACAAAAAGUUGAACGCAGCAGUGCUCUCCAACAUUGACGUGCGCGAUCAGGAGAAACUCCUCGCUUUGAGCGGCGAUGGGCUAGCUGCAAAAGACACACAGGAGAUAGAGGACAAGCUGAAGAGGUUGCAGGACAGCCAACAGCAGAGCAUGUUGAAGAUCGCGGGCCUCCGGUCAGCUCACAAGCACGCCGAGGGUCAGGCCAACUUCGCAGUUGAGAGGCUGAAGCGUCUGCAGACGGAGGUCAGCAACAUCGUAGAUCAGGUGGUCUAUCAGCAGUCUCGACUGGACUACCUUCUGGUGCAUGGAGCUGCUUUGAACCAGGGAGCAGAUUCGGGCUCUUUCCAAGCCAUCGUGUCUGCCGGGGCGGACAAAGACAAGAAGCCCAAGUUGAAGGCUGGAGCCACAUUGCCAUCGAGGCAGAUGGAGCGCACAGGGCAGCAGGACACGAGUGGAGGUGGAGAUCCCGGGCACAUGCCCGACUCAUCGGACGAAGUGAACUCCUCGCGCAUUGCUCGCUUGGGCAAGAAGCUCCUGGAACUCGACGGUCAGGUCAAUCGAGGAAUGGCGGAGGUCAAGGCAGACAUCGAGUCUGUCAACCAGACGUUGCUCUCGUUUCUGGAACUCCUUCCGCGGAGACUGCGGAGGAUGCUGCAGAAACAGCUGUUUCCAGAUCCGGAGGAGGAGGUGGAAAUUGUAAAGACUGAAAGGCCACACGAGAGCAAGAAGCACGUCAACUUUUCAGAUCACGUGGAGACGCGCACUUACCACGUCGAAGAUGAUAGCCGGCUGCCCUGGCAGUUAGUCGGUGAGGCAGACAUCAAGUGGAGUUGGUGCUACAAACCCAGAGACGAGAUGGGCAGAGAUCUUGCCAUGUGCCUGCAGCAGUUCGACAGCGAUCGCGAAGAAUUUGAAACCAAAGUGGUGCAGUGGCUGCAAGGCGGAGGAAUCGGGGUUGGCAGCCUUCCAGUUCGGAGCUCGAUGGCGGUGUCAAGCUUUCGGGACUCUCUUUCCCUGGAUGGCCUCAUGAGCAUGAGCAUGGGGAUGGGAGGUCUAGAGGAAGGAGUCGCAGCACCUCAGCUGAUGCACUUUGAAGAGCGCCUCGAGAGGCUUGGCACCGAGCUCUUCAACAUCAAGAGGGUGCAGGACGUGGACCACGUGCGGAAGGUUGAUAAGGAAGAUCUUCAGCUGGUGGUCUCGCGACUGGGGGCCAUUGAGAAGCUGAACAUUCCAGAUCUGAAGAUCCGCAUCGAGGCUCUCGAGGGUGACACCAAGUUCAGUGCGCAGAAUGUAACGGAGCUCAGGGAAAAGGUCUUCAAGGUCGAAUCCGUAGCUGCUCCGCGCUCGGAGCUGACAAAGGUGCAGAAUGGGUUUGAGCAGCUCAUGUCCGACCAUCAAGCCAUGAAGGUCGAGCUCAAGGAAGCUUCGGCAUCGAUGUACAAUUCCAAUCGCAAGUUCAUCCACGAACUUCAGGAGGUGAAAACCACCACGCAGAACUCGAUCACGGUCCUCCAUAAACAGAAGGUCGAGAUUCCCGAUCUCGCGGCAGUUACGGACAAGGUUGUUAAGCUCGAGCAGUCGAUCAAAGACAACCGGCGCAUUCUUGGAGACGGCGGUGGUCAGGAGAUCAAUGCGGUUGUCAGACGCAUCAUUCUGAAUCUUGAGGACAAGAUCAUGGUUUUGGAAAAGAAGAUCGAUGCCUUAGCCGAUGGACGUCCUCAGAAGGACAUGAUGCCUCGGAAUGAAUCGCCGGCCCACAAGCACACCGGCAGCUUUCAGUCUUCUGAGAUGCAGGAGGCGGCUCUGCACUCUGUGAGUGAGGAGCUGACGGCGAUGACAGAUGCUGUGGCCAAGCUGAAGCAAGACAUCUCCGUCAGCAAGGUGCACAUCGAUGAGAUGGCAGAGCAGUACUGGGAUGUCACCCAAAGUGCACAGCCGUGUGCAUCAUCCGAUGAUGCCUUUCAUUACAGGAAGGUCGGGGCGGUAAUGCUUAGCCCCAACAUGUCUACACCACAAGGGGGAAGGUCGGGAGACAAGCCGUCUCAAGCGAGACACAUGAGGAACUCUUUCCUGCAGAGACUCGAGGCCAUGUCACUUUCGUCAUCGCCGUUCCUCGACGAUGGGCACCGAAGUUCGUUGCGAGACGUUGUUGAUACCGACAGCGACGGGAGAGAAGCUUCGGAAGGCGACACGACGCAGCACAUGUCCAGGUUCUCUGCAGUUCCUCGGCAGCCUCUUGUUGCGAAUGCCACGGAGUCGCCGCGCGAUUCGGGCUUGCCUGGUGAAUGCCAAGCCAUAGCCAUGGAGGUUUUGGGAGCUUCUCCUUCUCAGGGGUCUUCCAACUUCCUGUCGACUGACGAUGCCACCCGUGUGGGCUGGGCCUCCUUCAAUUCCAUUUCUGCUGGCCUGGCGGGUCUCGCCCUUGCGGGCCCAGUUGGAAGCGCACUUGGAAUUUCCUCCUGGGUCUUAUCUGAUUCUAAUGCUGCAGCGAGCGGCAUUGUUGCAGCCACAGGUGUGGUGAUCUGCUUUGCUGGUGGCCACGUCCUCCUGGCAGCUGCCGGCGCUACGGGGGUCUGCUUGAACCUCGUGCAGAACGCCAUCACGUCCCAAGAGGCGCCAGCAGAAGAGGAGGGUGCACUCGAGCGCGGUGCCAGGGAGAUCCUGCGCGAAGAGCAGGAGCUUGAAGCGGCGGAGGCUGCCGAAGCAGAGGAGGAGAAGAAGAUACAAAGCAAGCAAGCUUCAUCAUGUUGGGCUGGGAUGUUUUCCUGCUUGUCCUGCACAGGAUGUUUUCCUGCUGCGACGGACCGUGAAGCAGGACUUGAAGGGGAGCCCCUUCAAAGUCUGGACAUAGCGAAGCGGCGCUUGAUUCUGGAGAGCCGCCGGCAUCUUCGGCAGGAGGUCAACAGUGGGCUCAGCCCUUUGAUCCUGUACGAAGCAACGAGUUUCACCGAAAGAAGAAAAAUGGAGGCUUGCCAACGAGCUUCUUUGGUGCCUGCUCGCCCGAUUCCCAUAAACGCUCGUGGCACCUCUGUGGUCAAUAACAACUUCGUGGGCAAGUUGGUCAUGAUGCAUCGUCAAGCAAACGGUGCUCCAUCAGUCCCUAGCGCUUAUGACGACUACUUCGCAAAGAAAACACGCCGCUGGGAGUUGCGGUUGCAGGGCAGGUUUGUACGCAAGCCGACUGGAAAGCUGUUCGGAGGAGUUGUUUUGAGGGACUUCGACUACAACACGCCUCUAAGCCGUUUUUCCGCGUGGUUGAGCACUCUCUCCAUAUCGCCUCUGGAAUACACCAUAGGGACAAAAGUUGUCCUCACUUUCGGCGACAGGGGAAAGGCAUCGCUGAAAGAGGAUGCCAUGCUGAGCCAUGUGGUCGCGGGGCUGCAGGCGUUCGAUCAGAUCAUCGUGACGGAGGCAGCCGACGAGCUGCCUGCCAUCGACGGCAACUUAGAUGGUCUGGGCAUCCGAAGGCACGUUGCGAGCAGUUCAUCUUCCUGGGCUGCGGCUGCAGAGGACGUGGAAUGCAACAUCAAUCCCGAUCGCACCUACACCUUUUGCUUCUGGAGCGCUGCCAGAUUUAUCGAUCUCAUUGGCGGGGCCUUGACGGACCUUGUUCCGCUGAUUCCAGCUUCGCUGCCUUUCAGAACCUUCUUGGAUCAUUGGCCACCUCACUUCGUGUUCUACGAACUUGAGUCAGACAGCGAUGGUGCUUUCAAGCACAUAGAACGCAAGAAGAGCUACCUGCUGGAUCUGAUGGUGCUCAAUCCUCGGCUGCCCCAGAAUCAGAACUUGGCAAGAAAGUAUUAUUUCGCCACAGCUUAG